AUGAUCGGCUCCAACUUCCUCCCUUCGCGCUUUCGCGGGGGUCAGCCGGCGUCGCAAACCGUCGCGCCGUCUUGGCUGAACAAGAAGGUUACGCCGCUCCUGCAAGUCCUUUCUCGGAUCACCUCGACGCAUCCUAUUCAUACCAUUGUCAUCGUCGCCUUGUUGGCGAGCUCCUCGUACAUUGGCCUGCUCGAGGAGAGCCUGUUCGACGCUGCACGGAGCGUGAGAAAGGCGGACUGGUCCUCGCUCGUCGAGGGCAGCCGCCUGCUGCGCGCCGCUGAGGAUACCGCUUGGAAAUGGCAGCCCUUCGAGGCCGACGCUCCCAUUCCCCCAAAUGCCGACCACCUGGCGCUCCUAACGCUCGUUUUCCCCGACUCGAUGUCGACGGAUCCUUCCAAGGCCCCUCCGCUGGUCAAUGCCGUGCCAAUUCCCCAGAACCUGUCGAUCCGGGAACUGCCCGCCACCUCGAAUUCGUUCACGACCUAUUCCCAAGACAGCGCCCUGGCUUUCUCCGUUCCCUAUGACCAGGCACCCGAGUUCCUCUCGGUUGCGCAGGAGAUUCCAAACGGCACUCCUUCGCAAGAGACACGAGAGACGGAGCACGGCCGGGAGAAGAAGAUGUGGAUCAUGAAGGCUGCCAGAGUGCAGACGAGAAGCAGCCUGGUGAGGUGGGCCAAGAACGCCUGGGUCGAGUUCCUUGACCUCCUGAAGAAUGCCGAGACUCUCGACAUCGUCAUCAUGGCCCUGGGCUACAUCUCCAUGCACCUCACCUUCGUCUCGCUUUUCCUCUCGAUGCGCCGCAUGGGCUCCAACUUCUGGCUCGCCACGAGCGUCCUCUUCUCCUCCACCUUUGCCUUCCUGUUUGGCCUCUUCGUUACUACGAAGCUCGGCGUCCCGGUUUCCAUGGUUUUGCUUUCCGAAGGCCUGCCAUUCUUGGUCGUGACUAUUGGCUUCGAGAAGAACAUCGUCCUCACGCGAGCCGUUUUGUCUCACGCGAUCGAGCAUCGCAGGCCAGAAAGCGGGUCUAAGAAGGCGGAACUUCCAGGCAGUCUCAUCCAGUCCGCUAUCUAUGUCGCGAUCAAGGAGAAGGGCUUCGGUAUCGUCAAGGACUACGCCAUCGAGGUUGGCAUCCUCAUUCUGGGCGCCGUGUCCGGCGUUCAAGGUGGCUUGCAGCAGUUCUGCUUUCUGGCCGCUUGGAUCCUGUUCUUUGACUGCAUCCUGCUCUUUUCCUUCUACACUGCUAUUCUCUGCAUCAAGCUCGAAAUCAACCGCAUCAAGCGCCACGUCGAGAUGCGCAAGGCUCUCGAGGACGAUGGCGUGAGCCGUCGGGUCGCCGAGAAUGUGGCUCAGAGCAACGUCUGGCCCCGGGCCGAUGGCAAGGAUCAGCCAGGAAACACCAUCUUUGGCCGCCAGGUCAAGAGCACUCAUAUUCCUAAAUUCAAGGUCCUGAUGGUUUCUGGAUUCUUCCUGGUCAACGCCCUCAAUCUCUGCUCCAUCCCUUUCCGGAGCGGCGAUUCCAUCUCUCACAUUUCGUCGUGGGCCCGAGGCCUGGGCGGAGUUGUCACACCCCCUCCCGUUGACCCAUUCAAGGUCGCCUCAAACGGGCUGGACAUCAUCCUGGAAGCGGCCAAGUCGGAAGGCCGCGAAACCAUCGUCUCGGUACUCACCCCGAUUCGUUACGAACUCGAGUUCCCGUCCGUUCACUACGAUCUGCCCCACAACGUUGGUCAGAGCGAAGAUGAUGGCUUUACCGAGCUUGGGGACUACGGUGUCGGCGGCCGGAUGGUCGGCAGCAUCCUCAAGAGUCUCGAAGACCCCAUCUUGUCCAAGUGGAUUGUGGUUGCCUUGGCCAUGAGCGUGGCGCUGAACGGAUAUCUCUUCAACGCCGCGAGAUGGGGCAUCAAGGAUCCCAAUGUGCCUGACCACCCCAUCAACCCCAAGGAACUCGCCGAGGCCCAAAAGUUCAACGAUACCGAGUCGGCCACGCUGCCGGUUGGAGGGUACAGGUCCCCGCCAUCUCCCCCGUCUGUUCCACCAACGCCUGCCUUGACCGACGACGAAGGCGAAGCGUCCCAGGCUGCUUCCCGAUCCGAGAUUAAGCCUUCCGGGCAGCCUCCUGUCAUGCGCAGCAAGGAAGAGAUGGAAAAGAUGCUGAUGGAAAAGCGGGCUCACGAACUGAACGACGAGGAGAUCAUUUCUCUCUCGCUGCGCGGCAAGAUCCCCGGUUAUGCACUCGAGAAGACGCUCAAGGAUUUCACCCGCGCCGUCAGGGUUCGCCGGAGUAUCAUCUCUCGCACCAAGGCGACGGCCGACUUGACGGGCAUGCUGGCGGACUCUAAGCUUCCGUAUCUGAACUACAACUGGGCGCAGGUCCACGGCGCCUGCUGCGAGAACGUUAUCGGGUACAUGCCCCUCCCGGUUGGCGUCGCCGGGCCGUUGGUUGUGGAUGGGCAGAGCUACUUCAUCCCGAUGGCUACCACCGAGGGUGUCCUGGUCGCGAGCACCAGCAGAGGAUGCAAGGCCAUCAACUCGGGCGGCGGCGCUGUUACCGUUCUGACCUCGGACGGCAUGACACGCGGUCCGUGCGUUACCUUUGAGACUCUGGAACGGGCCGGCGCGGCCAAGAUCUGGCUCGACUCGGAGAAGGGUCAGUCGAUCAUGAAGAAGGCCUUCAACUCGACCAGCCGCUUUGCUCGCCUCGAGACCAUGAAGACGGCUCUUGCCGGCACAAACCUCUACAUCCGGUUCAAGACGACGACCGGGGACGCCAUGGGCAUGAAUAUGAUCUCGAAGGGCGUCGAGCACGCGCUCAGCGUCAUGAAGAGUGAGGGCUUCGAAGACAUGAACAUCGUGUCGGUCAGCGGCAACUAUUGCACGGACAAGAAGGCUGCCGCCAUCAACUGGGUCGACGGGCGUGGCAAGAGUGUAGUUGCCGAGGCCAUCAUUCCCCCCGAGGUUGUCAAGACGGUCCUCAAGACGGAUGUCGACACCAUGGUGGAGCUCAACGUCAAUAAGAAUUUUAUCGGGUCUGCCAUGGCAGCCUCGGUCGGCGGAUUCAACGCACACGCAGCCAACAUUGUGGCAGCCGUAUUCCUCGCAACGGGCCAGGACCCGGCGCAGGUGGUGGAGAGCGCCAACUGCAUCACAAUCAUGAAGAACCUCCGCGGUUCCCUGCAAAUCUCUGUCUCGAUGCCCUCACUCGAGGUCGGCACCCUGGGUGGCGGCACGAUUCUCGAGCCGCAAGCGGCCAUGCUCGACAUGCUCGGUGUCCGUGGUCCCCACCCAACGAGCCCCGGAGAGAAUGCCCGUCGGCUGGCCCGGAUUAUCGCGGCGGCCGUCCUGGCCGGUGAGCUCUCGCUCUGCUCUGCUCUUGCUGCUGGUCACCUUGUCCAGGCGCACAUGCAGCACAAUCGCUCCGCCCCGCCGACGAGAAGCACCACGCCGGCCCCUGCGGCUACGGCCAGCGGCGUGGAACGGACUGCGUCGACGACCGCGCUGAGCGCGGCUGCUAUCUCGCGCGCGCGUCGCUGA